GCUCGCGCACGGCCCUCACCUGCCAUGGCGCGGGCGGGACGCGCCCAGCUGAGCGCGGCCGACCGAGGCGCUCCGAGCGCUCAGCCCCGGCCGCCACCGCCGCUGCCGCCACCGCCGCCGCCGCCGGGGAGGGAAUUUUUUCCCUUUUCAAAAUGGCGCCCAAUGCCCGUCGCCCCGCCGGAUGACGUCAUCCCCCUCCGCCUCCUCCGACGAACUUUUUCUGUGAUGCCGAGUAGGAGUGGCGACGUGGGCACCGCAGCCUUGUCCUUCUUAAUCUCAAGUGGAAAGAGUCUACAUUUUUCACCACUAAGAAAGAAGGACACAUUUUCCUUUAUGAAGCAGAGUUAAACAACCAACCUGGUCAGGCCAGUUCUCCAUUGCUUGUCUCAUCGGACUCAUCGCCACUGUAUGCUGCAC